AUGCUUUCUAUUAAUGAAACAGACAAGAAAUUGUUUGAAAAUGAAAAGCUGGGCAGGGCUGCCUCCUCCUCUCUCCUCCCCGCCCUCCGGCCGCAGCACUGCCCCAGGCCCCGAAGGGCCCGUCCGCAGCCCCGAGGGCGGCGGCCACCCCAGCCCCGAGCCCCCGAGCCCCCGAGCCCCCGAUCCCGCUGCCGGAGCCGCCCCCGCCAUGGCGCCGCUACCUCCGGUACCUCCGUUACCGCCGGCCCCGCCCGCGCUGCGUCACGCCCGGGCCGCGCGGGAAAGGCCCUGGGGCCACUCCGCGCCCGGCUUCCAGCAACGGAUAAGCGCUCCGAGGGGACGAAGCCCGCCGCCCCCACGGAGGGAGGAAAGCGGCGCCAGGGCUUGGCCGAUAAAGACACAAUGAAAGGAAAAAAGACACGAUCCCUUUCUGAAGAUUCAGUUGUGGCUCCAGUGGAAGAACAGACAAAGACAAAGACAAAAUGCAUUAACACAUACAGACUGGAGUCACGUAAUAAAUUUCGGGAUUGUUUAGUAAGAGACAAAGCUCAACAAAUACUAACGAGUAAACUUCAACAAGCCAACUAUGAUGGAGUUUCUAGUCCCAUGUUGUGUGCUUCAAUCUCAGAAGAAAUAUUAAAGGCUGUGAAGGAAUUUGGCUUUGACCGUUAUAAAUAUGUGGUAUCAGUGCUAAUUGUGGAAAAGGCAGAUCAGGCAAUGAUUGUUGCUAGCAGAUGCCUCUGGGAUGUUCAAAGAGACAAUUGGGUUUCAGCUAAAUGUGAAACUGAAACAUUUAUUGCGCUGGCUUUGGUAAUGGCUUGUUAUUACGACUAAUACUUUGAAAGCCACAGAUGGAUUCGUGCAUCACAGUACAUGGUACAUUUGAAAAUUUUCAGAGCAUCAUUAUUUUAGUAUUCAUUUUUAUCCUGUUGCUGUUGGCACAUUGAAACUGACAUACAGUUGAGAUAAUGUUCUUUUUUUCUCUGUUAAGAAAAAAACCAACCCCCCCCAAAAAAAACUUUGGAACAUAUGUACAUGAGUACAUAUGGGUUUCAUCUGUUUAAUGCUCUCUGUGGAAGUGAAAGCAGCUGGUGUUAAGGCCAAACAUUGGAAAAUUUUGAAUGUUGCUUAUCUGUUGUGUGCCUAGGACUGUUAACGAAUGUUUAUAUGAAAUUGCAGGUAUCAGUUUUCUUAAAAGCAUGUUUUUUGUAAAA